UUUUUUUUUUUUCAAAAUGACGGCCGUGGGACAAGGGUUGCAACCCCACAAACUUGGAUUUAACUUUACACUAACCCCCCCCCCCCCCCCCCCCCCCUUUUUCACAUCUAAAAAAUAUAAUUCCGUCGUCUGACAAACGCACGCUAAGCCCCAAAAAAAUGUAACUUUUCAAUGGACUAAGUUGUGACUUGAGACAACGUAAAGUAUUCUCCAUUUGAUUAACCUGCGAAGUUUUUGCUUAGAUUUUACUUACCUGACUCUGACCCGAAGUCAUAAACUGGGCCAUGUACUAUUCACGAAAAGAUUUUCAGCCCAGCUGCGUGUUAAACUUUGCAGCAUCGUCUUUGUUUCGUGGUUGUCUGGGUUUCUUCCAGGCACAUGUCUACGGUCAGCUCACCAACCAUAGCAAUCCAGUGCGGAAGCAAACACGCCCUGAAUGACCUCGAAAAAUAGGAGAGGGCAAUGGCUUCUCUUGCAAGCAGCCGCCGAUUACGAAGGGACAAUAGCUAGUGCGGGCAUAUCUUCUUGCAGUCUAAUGAGCGAUCAGAUUAUUUCGCAGAAAACACGUGUCGCUAGUCAUAAAGUCCGAUUAUUUCGCGGAUUCAUUUUGCUUCACAGUUCUCUGCUUAUCGUUGGGGGCAGAAAAAUUUCGCAUUUUGACUGACCUCCAAGAUAGACUUCACAGUCCUUUGCAUACUGGGCAAAUGUCACCCGUUCAUUGGCUGGCGACAGGUGAGACGUCUUAACUGGGUAGUCUGUGAUUCGGUAGUUAUUUGCAUAUUUGAAUUUUAGCCUACGAUGAAAACUUUUUUGUAACUGAAACAAAAAUAUGAAUGUAAUAUUACAGACAUUUGUAAAUUGGUACAUUUACAUGAAAAAACCUGAAUGAAUACAAAAUAGUGUUCGCAGUAAUACUCGGUUCGGAUUCUUACUUCUUUGUGUUGUCGCAGUACCUCCUCAAUAGUUAAAGUUAUUUGCAAACUGUUUCCUGAAUGGCUCUCCAGUAUUAACUGCGCAUAUAAUGAGCAUGAUGCAACAAAAUAAAGUCAAAUAGUUGAAUAUCCGAAUACCUUUUCAUUGAUUUAAAAAAUAAUAUAUGCUUGAAUAAAACAUCAAUUAUAAUAUAAAAUUAUAAGCCAAUGUUCGUAAAAUAUACUCAGCAUUAUUUCGAAAAACGUAUUUUAUGCAUGCAAAAUUAACCAUAGUCAUCUGUUGCACAACGUAAGAAUAUAUUUCUUGAAGUAUUACAAAGUACAGAAUUUUUUUUUUCCUAUGUAUUGAGAAAUUGAUCCAAGGAUUUUUCCGGUCCCCAACUAUGGUACAUGUAAUAAAGGCUGUUUAGAGUGCAUUGGUCGGCCACAAGGCCUCAUCCUUUUCUCCUUGUUUGUAACUGGCUCAGGGCACUGCAGUCCGAUCAUCGACGCGAUGCGCUGUGCGUGUGCUUCAAGUCUACUUUGCUACCCAAUGAACUCGCGUAAUGAUCGUGGCUCUAGUCAUAGAACGUUCUUUAAUUGAUCAUUGGGCUUAGGCCACUGCUAGAUCACAGUCAUCUAGACAGGUCUGGCAACUCAACCUUCACUCUCCGUUAGCUUAAUGAAGCUCUGCGGCGGCCUACGAACAGGCGACGCUAGUAGUACUUCACCCGUCUUAAACAUGUUUAAUCGGAGUUUUGUAUAAAAGUGGGCUUUAUUUUUUCAAGUCUGUUUAGUUUUAAAAUUCUAUUACAGUUUAGGAUUUUUAAUUUAUUUGGGAGCUUUGUAACGGUUCAAUGCAUAGCAGUAACUCGUAACUUUGCUGCAAUUGUCAGUUAAAUGUUGGAGUGUUGAGAUUGCUGAACUCAAAUAAACUGGGAUUUCCCAUAAAAAAAAGCAUAUUUAAAUGUUAAGUGCGUAUUCAAAUAAAGCAUAUUCGUUUUCUAUACGUUUUAAUCUGCAAGCGAGCGUAAUUAUUUCAAAUGUGAUUUUUGAGAUCAAGUAAAUAUUUUUAAUGUAAGCAAGCAGAAGUUCGUUUUGUUUAGUUAUAAUUUAAAGGCUAACGAAUAAUCCUUUUAAUUUUAGCGUUUGAAUUCAAAAGCUACGUUUACAUGUAAUAAAAUUUUUAGGCAUAGUAAUUAAUGGAAUGUAUUAUCUUCCUUCUUUGAGUAAAUGACACUUAUAUACAUUUUAUAUUAUAAGUUUCAAUUUAUACCCAGAAAGGUGAUUUUAAAAUUAAUAUACAUUUUGAGAUAUUACGUGAUUAUUUUAAAGUCUAAAGACUUUAAAAACUUAAAAUAUUUUUCACUUUCACGUAUGGUUGCUGCAAAAUGAUCACCCGUGUAAAUAAUUGUAAGGAAAGCUAACUCAUGUGGUGGAUUACUUUACAGAUGGAGUUAUAUAAGAUUUAUUACCUAAUAAUAAUGAAUCCCAAAUAAAACUUCCCAUUUAAUACUAUGUCUGAUAUUUAAAUUUUAAAAUUUAGCAGAAACCUAGGACAAGAGCGAGGCAUUCUCUCUCUCCACUCCAGCUUAACUAACAAAUGCGGAGAAAUUUUACGAUAUUGAUACGGAUUAGGCAUUUACCAUGCACCUUAACGGAUGAAAAAAUUCUAAUCUGAAAAAAAUCUCAAAAAUUGAGACGACAUUCGGCAUAUUAUAGGUAUACGAAAUGCCCAUUUAACACAAUGUUAAUAAUGAACUCACUACUACUAGCGCCAUUAGUUCGCAGGCCGCCGCGAGGUUCACUGGUGCCUCAACUGUUUAACUACAAAGUUAUGUAUACUACUCACGCACGCGCCUACUUAAGUUAAAUCACAUUGUGUGUUUAGUUUAUUAUAAAAAAAUCCGCAGACAAAAAAACUUUUAUGAAGUGUAUUGUGUCCGUCGUUAACGUGUUCGAUUUUGAUCACUUAUUCACUCGCGAAGAACGAUUUUUUCAAUUGUUUAUCUCCCUAUUUUUCAUAGUCGAUAAAAAAAUACUUGCAGCAUAAAUAAUAUAAUGAUGGCAAAGAGUUCGAAAUAUAUACUGCAACAAGGAAAGACCACAGAACAAUAUUUUACCAAAAUAUAUAAAAUCUGAAAUGAGUAACGGGGCGUAGAUUUUAACCCUGAGACGACUUAAGUGUAGUGGCGUGUAAUGCACUUACUAUGUUAAGAUAGACUUCAAGAAACUCGGACACGAAAUGUAACGUAGAAUUCUUUAAAAUAAUGGCGAGCGCGAUAAAUAAAUGCAAACCGUGAUUCCAACUACAUUUUUGAACGCGAAUCACGCGUAUUUUCCGCACCCGCCGCUAGAAUUCGUUGCCGGAGCAGCUACGUCGACUAUCGAAUCAUUUGAUUAGCGAACGGGAAUUUUACAUCUUUGCAGUGAAAUGGCUAAGAUAAAAGCUAAAGAGACGUGAAAAAAUAAUGAAACCCGGCUUUAGAACUAAUUUUUGACAAUUUUUUUUUUUUUUUAGUAUUGCCCAUAUCCUUAAAAUUCACUAAACAUUUGAUACUAUAAAUAUUCACUUUUGGCUUUGUGAACUUUGGUUUGCGCCAUCCGCCACAGAUGGCAGCACCGUGAUUGUUGUUACACAUUUCCGGUCUUUGACUUCCGUCGCAUUCACGAAAUUACUCCCACAGAAUGCCGUAUACGGAGAGCUAAGAUGUUACACAUCAAAACGUUUCUUAGAAAUAGCUGCAGCAGGUCUCGAGUUACAAAUAUAUAAACAUUACAGAUACGCAGUUUCUUUACGAAGUACGUUUUUGUACUUCGUUAUAAGGAAUGUCUGUAAAAGAACUUCAUUGAGAUUUGAGAACUGCAGACAAAAGUUUGAAAUUACGAAAAGAAAAAGAAAAAGAAAAAAAAGUAUGAACCCACGCGAUUUUUUCUUUGUUAGCGAACUGUGGGCCUUUGUGAUGGAGGACGUAGCGCGUGACGCUCGCCUUUGACCCCGAUCGGAGUCCCCCAGUCCGAGUUUCUUUGUUCUGAUAACUGUUAGGCUGGGUUCGUUCACUACUAAACAAAUAUAACAGUAACAUUAACAGUAACAGUAACAGUAGGUCGGGCGCACAAGAUAUGACCGCCGUGGUUUCGAACCUGCUGAUACCUAGCAGCGCAUGGGACGGUCGUAUGCAUAUUGAGGGAAUAUAUAUAAGUGUGAACAUCUUGGCUCUCGGUAUACGGCAUUUGGUAGGAGUAACUUUGUGAAUGGAACGGAAGUCGCAUGAGACGGAAAUUGUAACUGCGAUGCUGCCAUCUGAGCCGGAUGGCGUGAAGCAAAAUUCACAAAGCUAAAUGGAAAUUUACAGUGUUAACUAUUAGAUGGAUUUUUAACAAUAUAAUUCAUAGUAGAAUAUCAGGUUCAAAACCGGGGUUUAGUAUUUUUUUAAAAGUCUUUUUCGCUUUUAUCGGAGCCGUUCAAUUGUGUAGUAUAUAGUUUUAAAUGAAUCUCUGCAAAUAACAUACUUAAUUAUUGGUGGUAAUGCUUAGAUUUUAAAGGAUUUCAGAAGAAUGUAUACCCCCCUCUCAUUUCUUCCCACAUGCGUACGCACAUGUGCCAAGCUAAUCCGUACGGGUCCGUGACCGCAUGCGCGACGUAAGAUAAUCCGUUCCCAGAGAUCCGUCUCCGUUUACGUAAUCCGCCUCAAUUUACGUGUAGGGUAAACGGGUCUUGAAGGCUCACUACUUUCGCGUUAACUUUUAUAACUUUUUAAACAUUGUUUUCUCACUACAAAAAUUAAUACAAUAAUAUAAUAAUAUAAAAUAAACACUAUGUGGGUUCGCUUACAAAUUCCAUAAUAAUGAAUUAUUCAAUAAAUUAAAAUCCAAUUCCAAUUACAUGUUCUGGGAAACAAUGUCUCGAAAACGAGCUUGGAGCGCUUUCUAGUUGCUAAUACUGGUACUACCGCAGUAAACAGUAGACACGCUGCUGCACUCUAUCGAGUACAAACAUAACUGAACCUUGAACUACUUCAUCGUGCUGCUCCCAGUGUCAAUCGUUGAAAGUCGGGAAUUAAAACUAGCGUUCACGUUUAAAUUACAAUGAAAAUAAUUUAAAAAUGUAAAGUUAUUAAGAUUAAAUCUGCAAUAUUAUUGACUAUUUCUUCUCUUAAGCACUGUAAACGUGAAUUAGUUUAUUUAAAAUUGUAACACGCAGACUUUCUUCGAAACAUAUUUACAAAAUAUAUGGAAAAUUUAUGUUGAAUGUUAAUGCUUAUAACCCUUUUUAAAAUAUACCAUUAUUGUAUGCCUAUAAUUGAAACUUAAUUCUAACGUGCAAUUUACAAAACAUGCUUCACAUAUGUAACGUACAUAAUUAAUAAAAUAUAUAAAAUUACACACUUACCAGAUUUAAUUUUUUUUUCUGUUUUCUUCAGAACUUCCUUCAUUUUCUUCGUUCAGGAACUUAAGAUAUUUUUAAAUCAUGAUGGUUUUAUAACUAUACGAUAGUGACUUCGUUGCCAUCACAUACAAAAUAAUUUAAAUUUGUAGAGUUUGAUGUGAUAUGUAAAUAAUGAAAUAGUGACCAAAAUUGUAAUUCACUGCUCCAUAAAAAAAUAAAAUAUAUACAUACAAAUUUGUGUUGUCAAUAGUUUUGGGGGUUUGUGAACAGUGAAAAGAAAAACUAUGUACAAAUUUUCUGGAAGUCGCACCACGGUAACAACAGCGACAAAUAAUCCUACUUCAAAACCUACUUUAUAUUGAAUACGUAGUUACGAAGCUGUUGAAAACAUCGUAGAUUUCCUAUGUGCAUUAAAACACAAACAGACUUUUGAAUGUUCCAUGAAUUGCUAAAUUACAAAUAUAUCUCAAAGAAAGAGCAGAAAAAAGGGGCAAAUAUUUCCCUGAUUAGUCUUUUAGUAAAUGUUGACAUAUCAAUUCAAUAAAUCUUAACAAAGAUUUUUAGAAUAAUGUUUAUUUUUGCUUAACCUCAAAAGCCAACAUGGUUAUAGUUUACCGACAACAAAUUCGACCAUCAAGUUUCUGCAAAUUAAUAUUUUCUAAACCACUAUUAAAAUUUGUAUUAUUUACCUUCAGAGCUUCUCAAUUACCUUAAUUAUUUAUAAACAAUAUCACAAAUGUUAUGUCGUAAAUUCUGCACACAAACUCGCACAUUGUACACAACAUGCCAAUCACCUGUCAGACUUUCCGUUAGCGCGUUAGCUUUCUAAAGUCGCCGAUAGAUAGCAUUAGUAGGCGUUGCUCGCAACGAAAACAAAUGACUGUUGAUAUUAAUGCAGGUUCACUAGUCGAUCAUUGGCAGCUGAUUAUAAUUUUGCACAAAUAUGCGACCAUGUUAUGGUACUGGCCGGCAAGGAACUAUCCGGUUAUCGACAGUCGACAGCCAGUCGUAACGGACAUUUGUUCCCGCAAGAGGUGGCGGUCGCCAGCGACGAAGGCGACCUGAUAUUCACGGGGGCCUCCAAGGCGGAGGCCAUCACGCUGCCCUACGAGGCGAGGUCGCUGGUCUACGACCCCCGCGAGGGGGCGCUGUACGUGGGGGCGGAGGACCCGGGCCGCAGCCAGCUGCUCACCAUAUACAUGGUGCGCCUCGCCGGCGACAGGACGCCAGUUCCCAUCAUGCAGAAGAAAGGAAAGAAUAUACCGGGCAUAGCGUAUGACGGCGUAGACAAGGUGCUGUACUGGACAGACACUGUGUCCAUAUACCGCAUGAAGCUGGACGCUGGGAACGCUACGUGGGAGACGUUCUUGACUUUUGAGAACGGCGAGAAGCCGUGGUCGGUGGCGGUCGACCCGUGUCGAAGGUUCUUGUACUGGACGAACCGGAACCGCAACGACCCGAGCAUAGAGAGGGCGAGGCUGGACGGCACGGAGCGGCAGGUGCUCGUCACGGAAGGCCUGUACAUGCCGGUCGGGCUGACGGUGGACCAGGAGACGGAGAAGCUGUUCUGGUGCGACAACAAGGAGAGCAUGUACUUCCGCAUCGAGCGCAGCGAGCUGGACGGCUCCUCGCAGGAGACCCUGGUGAGCGGGCGGCAGCACACGACGGACGGCAUCGCCGUGGGGCCCGCCCAGGUGUACUGGUCGGACUCGCAGAACAGGAAGGUGUGGAGCGUGCCCAAGACGGCCGGGCCCGGGCCGCAGAUGGCUGAGGUGGACCACCUGGCAGACCACACCCUGCGCGGCAUCGCGGCCUGGCUGGACGCGGGCCGCCUGGACGGCAGCCUGUGCCACGUGCGGCCCGCCACGCGGCCGACCACGCGCGCGCCCGCGGAGACCACGACCACGACCACGCGCGCGCCGCGGCAGCGCGACUACAAGGACCUGUACUGCCUGAACGGCGGCAGCCUGGCGGCCGAGUCGGGCGAGCCGGCGUGCAGCUGCCCGCCCGGGUACCGCGGCGCGCGCUGCGAGGAGGACGCGUGUCGCCACUACUGCGUGGAGGGCAGCUGCUACGUGGCCGAGUCGGGCGGGCCGGCGUGCCUGUGCCCGCCGGGGUACCGCGGGCGCCAGUGCGAGCGGCGCAAGUGCGACGACUUCUGCCUGCACGACGGCCGCUGCUACCUGGGCCAGCAGGGCGAGCCCGAGUGCCACUGCCGCGGCGGCUACGAGGGCCGGCGCUGCCAGGACCCGCCGGGCGUGCGCCGGCUGUGCGGGCUGCUGUGCGCGCGGGGCCGCGCCCCCGACCUGUGCUCGUGCUCGGACUACCGAGAGCUGGCCCCGGCGGGCGGCGACAACGAGACGUGGAGCGCGCUGCAGGCGGAAGGCAGGCCGGCCGGGUUCUGCCGCCCGGACUGGACGUUCGUCGCGAUGGUGUGCGUCAGCGUGUUCCUGACCGUCGUCAUCGGGGUGCUCGUGGUGAAGAUCUGCCACCUGCGCAGGCGGCCGCGCAUCAAGAAGAGGAUCAUCGUGAGCAAGAACGUGUCGCCGCUGACGAGCAGGCCGCACAGCUCCGGGGAGCAGUGCGAGAUCACAAUCGAGAACUGCUGCAACAUGAACGUCUGCGAGACGCCCUGUUUCGAGCCCCAGCUGCGGACCUCCAAGUCGUCGUCGAAGAGCGACGAGAGGCGGAACCUCCUGGUGGACAUGGAGGAAGGCGCGAGCAGCCCGCCCGUCCAGCAGAAGCAGUACUGACGGCGCCUGUCGCGGGCGCGUUGUUGAACGUUUCGUCGACCUUGUCCCGUCGUCCAUUGCGCGCACGUGCGCGCGCGGUGUUUGGGACGGCAGCUCCUUUUGGUGAUAUCGGGGGAGUCUGCGCCCGUGGAUAUGGCAAAUAUUUUGCCCGUUGUGGCAGUGUUUAUGUGAGAGCUCGCAGGCGAUUUCGUCCCGCAGAUCAGGUUCCUUAGAUUGCAUUUCAACUGCCAGUUUUUUUUCUCUCGAAACUUUCUUGUUUUUACGUUGAGUGACAGUCUUAUCAGGUGUGUCAAUUGACAAUAGUGGUACUUACAAAAUUGUUGUACUUAAAUAUUUACAUACUUACUUAUGCAUAACAGUUUUUUGUUGUUGUUAUGCACCGUACUUAACUUAUUACAGAAAUCACAACUAUAUUCACACCUACAGACAUCAUUCUAUCACAUUGUUUUUGCAGGUGUACAAAAUUUGGGCAACUGCAUUUUUUUAAUGUCUUUCUGAAAACAUGAAGUAGUAGUUUAUUAUUAAGUGAAAUUUAUUUGAGUGUUGGAAGUUGGAAUGCACUUUAAUGGUUUUAGGACAUACGGUAAUGUGUCCGACAUCAGUUUCAAAGACUGCAAUUUAGCAUUGGCUGGAUGCAGCUGCGUUUGAGACAGAAUAUUUAUUUGUUUUCCGCAAAGUCUGGAAAAAAAGACACAAUUGUUUUUUGUAUUCUUUAUGUUAUUUUUUCUUGCAUAAUGUAUGUAAUGAAUGCAUUUGUUGUUUUGUACCACAUUUAGGGCUUCCUGACAUUAAUUUAAAGGAUUAGUUGAGUUUAUUUUUAUUGUGGUAUAAUAAAAGUAAUUUUUUUUAUUUUACUUAAAAGACUUAACAAAUAAAAUUCAAACAUGUGGGGCCGUGAGAGAUGUGCAAGUAUUUGAACUUUGAGCAUGAGCUGGAGUUUAGUGACUGAGUCUAACCUGUUCUCUCAAUAUCAAGCAUUUACAAGUUUUAUUUUUGAUUAAGAUAUUUGUUGGUGCAAUAUUUUUUUUCCACAGAAUGUAACCUAGAACAAAAUCUCAUUUUAUUAGCUGUGAUAGAAAAAACUGACAUUAAAAAAUGUAUUUGUCUUUAAGUUGCUACAUCAAGAAUGCUGAUGGCAACAGCUGUACAUAAAAUUAAACAUACUUACGAAUUAAAAGAAUAUGUAUGGCCAUUAUCUACAUUUGUGUGCAAAUAUUAUUCUCUUUCAUAAUAAAUUAUUUGAAUGAAUUUGGCCAUUUAUUAUGGGCUAUUCAUUAAAUGAGUGUUUUUUUUAACAGCAAAAGAUUAAAUGUGAAGGAAAGUUUAUUUAUAAUUGGACUCAAAAUAUGAAAAUAUUUCAUGAAUCUUCGGUUCAUGCUCGAUUUGAACAAAAUUUCAAUGCUGUUUACAUCCCUAGUGGCCACAUUAGAUUUUUUUUAGGACAAAGCACAUGUAUUUAUGUGUAUUGUUUGGCAAGUGAUUUGUUUGACAUUUGUUCCAAACUUUUCAAUAAGAGCCAUAAAAAACCUUUCUGAACUACAGAUGGCAUUUAUUUUAACUGCCAUAAUUUUUUUUGCAUUGCUGAUUAUGUGUCUAUAUUGCAGUGAGUUGCAUUUUUCAAGCUGAAUAUCAAAUGAGUAUGAAUAAUAUCUGAGACUGUAAGAUGAAAAUUGUGUUUUAGCCAUUGGGCAUAAAAUAUUUAAACAGUUAAUUUGCAUCACAGAAUUUUUUAUUGUAAUUAUUCCUCUUUUAUCUGCAUUCUCAUGUUAAUAUGAAAAAUGUAAUAAUUCACACACUGUGCAGUUGAAAUAGGCAGAAAGUUUAUGCUCAUGCAGACAAAUGACUCUAUCAAGACUUAAAUGAAGAGGAUUUUGUUAUAUUAUGCCUUCCUAAUAGACCCUGUAUACAAUAAUAUCUGACCAAUGCACUGAAACAAUGAUUGGUACCAAAUAUCUUUGAUUCAGUUUCAGGCAUUUGUAGGCAGAUAUUAACUAAGAUUUCCAAGAAAAUAUGUUGCUGGUAAGAUUUUCUCGUAGCCAAAAGGUAAUUCAUUGUACCCACUUAUUUGGUUGAUAUGAUUGAGUUGGUUGAGCAAGUCUUCCAGAAUCUGUGGUCUUUUGGUCACUGAGAAGCAAUGAUUGUCAAGUCCUUCCCCAUGCAGUAUUUAAAAAUAUGUUUAGUUAUGUAUUCUUAGAUAGGUUGUAUUCAUAACUUAUUUUGUGAAAAUGUGCAUAACAAGUGUACACCACAAAUGUGUUCCUUUCCAAUUUCUGAAGAAUUUAAUGGUAGGUUUGGUUUUUGAUAACGAACAGAAAUGGCUACAAUUUGUUUUGUAAAAAUUUCUUUCAAACUGCCGUACAAAGUUUCCUUUCCUACAUUUUACAAUAGUUGUUAUUUAGUUGCAUCAGAAACAGUUUUCUAGCUCUUAUGUAUUAAAGUAAUUCUUGUUGACAAAUAGUUAAUUUGUAGAUUAUGGUCGGUUGAAGUUCAUAAUAUUCAUAGGUUGUAAUUUAAUUGACUCACAAUUUGAGUUACACUUAUAGUUUAAAACAUAGGUUUUUAAGUAAGUUGCAGUAAUGGAAAAUAAUUUGCUAAACAAUUUGAGGAUGUAUUGUGUAAUCAAAACUGAAAAACCUGUAUUUAGUUUAGUUAUUAUUAGUUGAGAAAAUUCUAGUAUAAUAAACAAGCAAAUAAUAAUGAACAUUUGUUAUCUAAUUUGUUUGCUAUGAAGUUAGCUAAACCAUUACAAAUAUUUAUUUGUGACUUUUUAAAAGGGAAAAAAAAACUACGUUCGAAGGUAAAUAGUGUGUCGUUUGCUAAGAACUGAGAGAGUACAUUUUUAUGAAAUUUUCAAACCUAGCGUACAAAAGUCAGCAUACAAAAGUUGCACAAAAGAUCCUCUGUUUUGGAAACAGGCUGAAAUUAUUUUUCUUUUACAAAAGAAAGAUGUAGUUUCUGUGCCAAGUUUAGACUUGCACAAAAAAAAAAUGCAUGUAGCAUUUCUCUUCAGUCAAUUAGAUGCUCUGCAUCAUUAGUCAGUGAUGUUUGAUUUCAUUUUGAGGCUUCUGUAGCAAAUUUUCAUGUGUAGGCACAAAAUCAUUAUUUAUUCAUAUCAUAUAUAAUGGUAUUAAUAUACAUUGCAAUAUGUAUAGUACCAAAAGCAGCUUGAAUACGAAUGACUUAAACACACUUAAAGUAGCUACUAGCUAAUUAUACAGGUAAUAGUUCUCAUAUUUUGUGCACAUGUUCAUAAAGAUCCUGAUAGGAUAUGCCUGUAAGUUUACAGGUUUAAAGAAAAAAGAAAAAAAAGAAAAAAAAAAGUGUAUUUGCAAGAAGUGUAACAUGUAAAGAAUGAAUGUAGGUACAUACAUGUAUAAAAAUAGGUGAAAGAUAAGUUCAUCAUGCUCAUUUUCAGUUUAGAGGCACUAGUUUGAUAUGCGUUCUUACUGAUAGAGUUAAUCCUAAAUACAAUAUGCGGUUUGAAGGUGCAUGUUGUAAAAGUUGCGGUGUCAGACAUUUUUAAUGCAUGGAAAGUUACAGGCACCAUUGUUUUAUGUAAAUUGUUUAUUGUGAAGCUGCAUCCAAGAUUUUAAUUUGAAACAGAUUUCAUUUGUAUGAAAUAUAAUUUUUUGUUGUAGAAUUUUCACAAAAUUAAAUCAAACCACAUCAAAAUGUAUUUAUGGAACAUGAUACAAUUUUUUUUACUGCACAAACAGAUGUCCAUCAAUAUCCAAUCCAUUUGAAAAUCUUGGAGAAGGCUUAAAUGCUGUUAAAACAAAGUGGAAUAUAUGUUGCCAGGCUUGUGCAAAUUCAAAUUGUUUUUACUAACCAAAAAUAUAAAUUUAGAAAAGGGUUCUGUUGCCCUCUUAAGUUUGGGCGAAUUAAAAUGAGAAAAUACUUAAGUCACAUAAAUUAAGUGAAUAUUUGUUUAAGGAAAAAUUGUUAUCAUAUUUGGUUCUAUCCUGUUGCUAAACUAUACUUCAAACGUGCAAUAUUUUUUAAGAUAUUGGUUUCUUUAAGUAUACCACUACAUACUUUGUUCUUACUCCCAUCUAAAAUGUAGCUGACUAUAACAAGGUACCAUUUAUUUUGUAGUAGUACGUACAUCAGAAAAGUUUAACUGGUUUGCCUGUGGUAGCUCUAGUUUAUUGAAGUGAAAGUUUUUGUAUUAUCUACGCCAUUCUAGUUAUGCUGAACAGAUGGUGAUGGCGAUUUCAGUUGAGGAAUCUGUCUGCACCAUGUUGUGUUUUCGCUGCUAGUGGAGCUGACUUGUAAAUUUUAUUUUUUUUUCUUCAAAAUUGUUUUUAAAAAAAUGCUCAAAGUGCUCUAGCUUUUUGAUUGUUUCAUCAAUAGUGCUCUUGGUAAAACAAAAAAAGUAUUUGCUUAACUAGAGUGUUCAUUUAUAAAAAUAAACCGAGCAGAUGAAGUUACGAGUGAAAUUAACAUAGUGAAACACUUUCAUAAAUUAUUAAUGCAAAAAAAAAACACUCCAUAAAAAUAUACUGGUUAUCUGUUUAAAGAUGCAAAUUGAAUUUUUUCUCAUCAAAUGUAAAAAAAAAAAUUAAAUUUUCUUUGUAGUUAUUUACAGUUCCUACUAAGAUAAUUGUUUAAAUACAGCUAGCCAGAGAAGAUAUUCAUUAUCACUACACAACGUUUGAUUGAAAGAGAAGCUAAGGCAUGCACUGUGAUACCCGGCUAAUGAGAUAAUAGAAAAAAGUGUAAAUACUUUUUUUCUUAAAAAAACUUGAAGAAGUGGUUGUAUGUGCGUUCCUGUGAUACAUAGAAUAAAAUAUUAUAUGUGUUCA